AUGUCUCAAGUGGGCGAGCUGGUGGCUCCGUGCUCACCUCCGCCGGAGAAACCUUUCACAGAGAAAGCUCAUGUCUGCUCAUACUCAGGCUGCAACAAGAGAUUCACGCGCGCAGAGCAUCUUCGACGGCACGCAUUGAACCACAAGAAUGAAGACAACACCUGCGAGAGAUGUGGUGUCCAUUUCAAUAGACCGGAUUUACUGGGAAGGCAUCUGGCGCGCCAUGCAAAGAGGGACGAGGAGGCUGGCGGCCCUGGACUGGGUGUGCUCGAAACCCGCAAGAGAACCCGCCGCGGGCCCGAUGGCACUAUUAUCACACGGCCAACCAAAAAGCAAGCCCGGGCGGCAAUGGCAGCCAGAUCCAUGGCUUCGACAGUCUCCUCCAUUCCAGCCUCUGAUGGCAAGAAUUCGGCGGCUGCGCAGAUUCUGUCAUCGUCAUCUUCAUCUUCAAUUCGAAGCUUCAAUCGCAAUAGCGUUAGCUCCCAUGAUACUCCAGAUGGCGUGUCAGCUCUCACCACGCCGCCUUCCAUGAGCAGUGACAUGAAUUAUCAUGGCCUGGAUCACGGUGCUGUUUCCUGCGCACCUGUGUCCCCGCCUACCUCUGCACAUCACUCGUGCUCGAGUGUCAAUUUGGAUAGUGGUCCACGCGAUACUACCUGUCUUCCAGUUGACCAUUCAGAUCCGCUUAUAGCGCCCAUGAUGCCGGGCGGGCCGUAUGAGCCGUAUGUCGAGCCAAUCCCUGGCCAGUUUGAUGCCGCAGAUGGUUCGUGGCAGCCUCAAGAUCCAGGACCCAACCCGGACUAUGAGGAUUUAUUUGAUUUAGAUACUGCAACCUCCUUCAACAUGCCCUUCGCCGCUACACAUAACUACAACUGGCUUUUCGAUGUGCCGUCCCUGGAUGACGCCUUCAACCAUAAUGACCUCUUUCUGGCCAUGGACAUCGUGAAUUUUGCAGAACCAGUCCCUGACAUGUGGUCGCAGCCACAUCAGCGCCAUGAGGAAUUUUUAAACCAACCUCUCUAUUCAUCAGCAAAUGCAGGAAACGUGGAUUACCAAGGAAAUCCGCAGUACAACGAGGCGAUGACCGAUAAUUCGGACAGCAACUUUAUCUCCGGCUCCCGUGGCGCGCUUUCUGGGGGUGUUCCCAGCGCAGAAACUCCUGUAAAUCAUGGUCAACCGACCCCUGAGUCCGCCCGGAGUUCCACUACUCAACCCAAUGUUUCCGAUCAGAUUCCCACAUCUAAAUUCAGCGACAUGGAUUGGAUGGGUCAAAACACCCCUAUGGAAAUUGUUUCUCAGCGGUUGCCACAAAUAAGUGAAGCUGCGAGAGCUGGAUUACUACAUAUGAUCUCCCAGUUACAGCCGAUGACUGUAGAAGGAAACCGAAUCGAGCUCUCAUCACCCCUUCUCUCCAUCAACGCCCUCCAAACGUAUAGUGAUCUUUUCUUUACGAAAUUCAAUACGUUUUAUCCACUAAUCCAUCAGCCAACCUGUGAUCCGGACCGAAUUGACAAAUUGCUUCUUGCUGCCAUAAUUUCAAUGGGAGCUACCUACAGCAGCAGAGAGGCGCAUCAGCUAGCUGUCGGAAUGCAUGACUCCUUGCGGAAUCAACUGUUCUCUCAUCCAUCUUUUUCAUCACAGCCCGAUCUAUGGGUCCUUCAAGCCAUGAUUUUAAUCGAUUGCUUUGGGAAACAACGAGCUGGCCAGAAGCAGCGUGAUAUGUCUCAAUUAUUCCAUUGUGUUCUCAUCAAGCUCAUCCGCCGAAGCACAUGCCCUAUCACCCGAACUCAGCCUCCUGUUCAACGGCCGGACGACCUCGACUCCGCCUGGAAGCAUGCAAUGGACCUUGAGCAGAGAAAACGGCUUGCCAUGCUUUGCUUCAUGUGGGAUACUCAGCAUGCGGUACUCUUCUCUCAAUCCCUUUGCAUGUCAGCUUUCGAAAUCCGGUCCUCCUUGCCAUGCGAUAGCGCGACAUGGGAGGCCAGGACAGCAGAAGAGUGGUUCGAGCACGCCCGUACGGAGACAACGCACAGUCCAUUCCUGUCCGUGCUGAAAGCAUAUAUUACCCCCAACACCACUCGCCGCCCACGACACCUGAACGCAUUGUCCAGAAUAGUCCUCCUCCACGGCCUAAUGUCCAUUGCCUCAGAUCUCAGACGUCGUGACCAAACAACCCUCCGCUCCGAAACCCCUAACCUAGUCGGCGCUUGGAAAGCCCGUGUCAGCCGCUCCUAUGACCUGUGGAAAUCCGACUUCGACGCAGACUGCAUGACCAUGAAACUCAGCCAGGCCUCCGAUCCGCGGAAAUUCGUGGGCCUGAAAACAGCCACGCACGUCUUGUAUCACGCAGCCCACAUUACGCUCAAUGUCGAAGUGCUCGAUUUGCAGAUAUAUGCUGGCGCCCCGCAUAUUCUGGGCCGGGUGGUGACGGCGGGUGACUUCGAGAGAUCGCAGCGGGUUGUCACGCGGUGGUUGAAUGAGGAUCCGCGCUCAGCAGCGAAGGCGACGAGGCAUGCUUCGUAUAUUCUGCAGGAUGCCAUUAUGAACUUGAACGAUUGGGACGAGACGGACGUUUUCCAUUACCCAUGGUGCCUGUAUCUAGCUACGUUGACGUGUUGGGCAUUCCAUCUGCCUACGUCCUCGUCCUCGUCCUCGUCCUCAUUGUCAUCGCCCCCUUCAUCAUCGGUGGACAGUGUGCCAAAUAGUGGACAGCAGCAGCAGCAGCAGCCGCCCAAGUCUCCAAACAUGUCUGGUUCCACCUCCACUUCCCUGACUGCCCGCAAUAAAACGACCACCCUCGUCGUAGCGAUGACGACGUGCAACACGCUCGAAGAGCUGUCCGCGCUCGCGGGGAAGUUCGAUACGACCGGUUUAACAUCCAUCAUGAGUCAGCAGCUGGCUAGUGUGCGUUGGGCGGUGGUGCAUGAUGCUAUGCAGGUGCUGGUGAAUUUAUCGAGCAAGGGACCGGGGAAAGGGUGA